AACGGCCGGUACGAGAUGCAGAAGCGGGACGGCAGGGAUAAUCGUGGCGACAAGGAGCUCGGAGCGCGCGGCUCCGAGCGCGACCAGGAGGUCGCCAAACGGACCUCCAGGGGUAGCGGUAAUGCCGCCCGGUCGAACGUGCACUCGUCCCGGCACAGCGUCACCUCAUCGUCCGGCGUGCUCAUGGUCGGCCCGAACUUCCGGGUUGGCAAGAAAAUUGGCUGUGGAAACUUCGGGGAGCUUCGUCUCGGGAAGAACCUGUACAAUAAUGAGCACGUAGCAAUUAAAAUGGAACCAAUGAAGUCAAAGGCGCCACAGCUACAUUUAGAAUAUAGGUUUUACAAAUUAUUAGGUACACAUGUUCAUAACACACAUAUAGAGGGUAUACCGGAGGUGUACUACUUCGGCCCGUGCGGGAAGUAUAACGCCCUGGUGAUGGAGCUCCUUGGUCCAAGCCUCGAAGACCUCUUUGACCUCUGCGGGAGAAGGUUUACGCUGAAGACCGUUCUCAACAUUGCCACACAGCUCCUCCAUAGGAUAGAAUAUGUUCAUAGUCGGCAUUUGAUAUACCGCGACAUCAAGCCGGAAAAUUUUCUGAUAGGACGAUCCACUACCAAGCGGGAAAAAAUUAUUCACAUAAUCGAUUUUGGACUAGCCAAAGAGUAUAUAGACUUGGAGACGAACAAGCAUAUACCGUAUCGGGAACACAAGAGUCUUACUGGCACGGCGCGUUACAUGAGCAUUAACACGCAUCUUGGCAAAGAACAGAGUAGAAGAGACGAUCUGGAGGCAUUGGGCCAUAUGUUCAUGUACUUCUUGCGUGGCAGCCUGCCGUGGCAAGGGCUGAAGGCUGACACGCUGAAGGAACGUUAUCAAAAGAUUGGCGAUACGAAACGAGCGACGCCGAUCGAGGUGCUCUGUGACGGCCAUCCCGAGGAAAUGGCCACGUAUCUGCGCUACGUACGUAGGCUGGACUUCUUUGAGACGCCGGACUACGAGUAUUUGAGGAAGCUCUUCCACGAUCUGUAUGAGAGACGUGGCUUCGUCAAUGAUGGCGAAUUUGACUGGACCGGCAAGACGAUGUCCACGCCCGUCGGAUCCCUUCAAACCGGCCAGGAGAUCGUUGUAUCACCAAAUCGUGAUCGGCAUCCCGCUGCUUAUAAGGAUGUGGCAGGUGGAGGGGUGGGAGGUGGGGGCGGUAAGGGGGUGGGAGCCACGUGGCCAGAUACUGUGAAGCAAUCAGGAGCCGGUGGUACAUUGACACCUGCUGACAGGCAUGGUUCUGUACAGGUGGUAUCGUCAACUAAUGGAGAACUGGCUAACGAUGACCCGACCGCUGGUCACUCCAACACACCAAUUACAGCACCUCAGGAAGUGGACAUGAUCGACGAAACCAAUGUUUGCUUCAUUUCCAGAUGCUGUUGCUUCUUCAAGCGCAAGAAGAAGAAAAGUGGAAGGCAGAAAUGACUGUCCGUUACCGUUGGUC